CAUAGUGUUGUCCAGACCACCAGGGUGCUGGCUGCAGCUGUCGCGGAGAGGAGCAAGGCAGCGGGGUGAUGGCUCGGUGGGCUUCAAGCUCCGAUUCGCUGACGUCUGUGCUUGCACUCGAAAAGCUUCAGUUGGUGUCGCAUGCUCUACUCGAAGCUUCUCUUGCCAUCACACACGUAUACAACACGCGGCAUCUGCCCUCCUUGUCCAUCUCUGCCGCCACUGGUCAAUCGCUCUUCACCGCCAGCCCAUUGACCGCCAGCCCAUUGACCGCCACCCCAUUGACCGCACCCCAUUGAUCGCGCCCUAUCGACCGCACCCCAACCACCACCAUGCCGCCAACCCACCACAUAUCCAGCACCUCGCGCGCCCUCUACCGCGUCUUCGUCCUCCCCAACCUGCGCAGCACCACCUCCGGCAUCCCCGUCCAGUUCGCGCCCGCCUUCGCGCCCACCUACGGCCCCCCGUCCAUCACCGUAAACCCUCUCAGCCAGAACCAAGUGCGGAACAAGAGCUACGCAAAGAGAGACACCCGCCGCCACGCCCUCUCGGAUUACUACACAAUCGACAGCGCCAUCACAGCGCCGCGGGUCAAUUUCGUCGAUGCGGAGGGAAGGUUCUUCGAGGAUGUGGCGACGCUGGAUGCGCUGAACAGCUUCAACAAGGUCACACAUCACCUGGUGCAAGUCACGCCGGGGAGGGUGGAUGAAUUCGGCGUCCAGGACCCAGACCACCCGCCAGUAUGCCGUGUCGUUUCGAAAAUCGACCUCCGCGCCCAACACGAGCGCAAAGUCGACGCCGCGCGCAAACAAGCCAAGGGCAUCACGGGCCCGCCGCAGAAGAACCUGGAGCUGAACUGGGCCAUCGGGGGAGGCGAUCUGAAGCACAGGUUGAACAAAUUGCAGGAUUUCUUGUUGGAGGGACGGAGGGUGGAAGUGCUCCUGGGGCCGAAGAAGAAGGGGAGGAAGGCGACGGCUGAGGAGGCGAGUGCGGUGCACAAAGCUAUUAUGGCUGCGGCGGACGAGUGCAAGGGCGCGAAGGAGGUCAAGAGGGAGGGGGCUGUGGGGGCGGUGCUGACGAUUGUGUUUGAGGGGAAGAAGGCUGACGAGGAGAAGAAGAAGGUUGACGAGAAGAAGAAGAAGAAGAGCGAGGAGUGAGGUGAACUUUGGGGUGGAUCAGAUCCAUCCACCCAUCCAUCCAUCCCUCCAUCCCUUGAAUGAAGAAGACCGAGGCACAGCUGCGAGUCUCGAGCCCAGCCUAGGCCGCAAUGCGCAUCACCAAGCCGCGAGAGGUAUUCGCGAACACAAAGCGAAGGCUGAGAAGUCUCUUCGU